CGCGCCUUCCCUGCAAGAUGGGAGCGGACUGCGAGACGAGCAUCGGCGUCGUGCAGCGGGACAAGCGGAAUGAGAAGAAGGGUCAAAUCGGGAGCCUUUUUUGACUCUUACCCGUCACGUCACCCCCACGCAGAGAGGGGAGCAUGGCCAUUCAAGAGCACGAGGAUGCAUCAUCAUCAAGACGGCAAUCAUCUACGAGCGAUCCAAGCAGCAGCGCGGGCCGCGGUGAAAUCGCAGCCGGUCAGCAGUCCGGCCUACGUGACGACGACUUGGUGUCACGACUCUCCCCCACGGAGUACUCUCAGCUCUCGCGCUCCGUCCUCUGGAAGACCGAUCUCCAAGUGACGCUCCUCGCCGCCCUCCUCUUCCUGUGGUCCUUCCUGGAUCGCUCUAACAUCGGUCAAGCAAAGCUGCUCGGUCUCGCAACGCAGCUCAACCUCUCUCCUCAUGAUUAUUCGGUGGCCCUCACCGUACUCUAUGUGCCCUACAUCGUCUUCGAGCUGCCCUCUAACCUUCUGCUCAAAAGGGUCGGGCCCGCGCGCCUGAUCCCUGCUCUGGUGACCGCCUGGGGGAUCGUGGCUACUUUGCAGGGCAUAGUCAAGACGAGGACUGGCUUGUACAUCAAUCGCUUCUUCCUCGGCCUGGCAGAGGCGGGCAUCCUACCCGGCAUCGUCGUCUACUUCUCUUUCUUCUACCGCCCCGAGGAGAUCCAGCUCAGGCAAGCACUCAACUUCUCUGGCGCUUCGUUGGCGGGUAGUCUGGGUGCAUUGCUCUCUGCGGCCAUCUCUCCUUUGCAUGCUGGUGGCUUACAGCCGUGGUCCUGGUUGUUCAUCAUCGAAGGCAUAGCCACGGUCUUGUUCGGCCUGGCGAGCUUCUGGUUGCUCCCGAACGGGCCGGAAAAGCUGAAGGGGGUGACUGAGCUGGAGAGACAGGUGGCGGUGCAUCGCGUCAAAGGUGGGCAGGCGACUUUUGCUGCAGUGAAGGGAGGGCAAGAAGAGCAGGGAGAGACGGCGACUGUCGUCGGUGAUGGCGCCUCACCUUCUAGCGAGAAGGAGAGCGGUAAGCCGCAAGGCAACGCCGACCUCGCACGCCACCUUUCCACCUUCAACCGCGGCGACGUGCUUCGCACCUUCGUAGACCCCUUCGUCUGGCUGCUGGGCUGUGUCCACUUCUGCUCCGCAGUGGGCGUCUACUCGGUCGCCUUCUUCGCACCGACUAUCGUCAAGUCGCUCAACCUCAAAAAUGGCCAGCUCACAUUGGCCGAGUCCCUACUUCUGGUCACCCCGCCGUACGCCUUGGCCUUCCUGGUGUCCAUUGCUCUGGCCUUGGCUGCGGAUAGGUACAGGCUGAGAGGCCCGUCGACGGCAGUGAGCUUCUUGCUUGCGACGAUAGGCUUCGCUAUGGCGUAUGGGUCGAAUGGAAGCGCGGGCGUGGCGUAUGCUGGGCUGAUGCUCAUCGCUGCGGGAGCGUACUCGGGUCCAUCGGCUACGCUCAGCUGGGUGAGCGUGGGCACGGCGAGCCAUUACAAGCGAGCCACCUCCGCUGCCCUGAUGAUCGUCCUGACGAACAGCGGCGGUAUUGCCUCAACCUGGCUCUGGAAUGGGACGCUACGCCGAGGCUACCUCGUCUGCCUCAUCAUUCAUAUCGCAGGGGUGGUCUUCACCGUCCUCACAGACCUGUACGUCUUCUACGAUCGACGUGCGAGGAAGGUGGAGGGAAGCAGGAGUAAGGUGAAGCUCGAGGAGGCGCGACAGCGAUACUCUGGCGCGAGCGAGGAGCAGCUGAGAGAGUUGCUCGGUGAUCAGCACCCGGACUUUGUGCUCGAGUUGUAGGGGCCUUCGCAUCGUCGUGCUAAUGGAUCUGAUGCUGCAUUGAAAGUGGAAGAGAGGAUAUAGACAAAGAUCGAAAGCGCUCCUUCUCCGUCGGCUCAGCUAGCUGAAGUACAGAUCGACGAACAUGGUCAACAACCCGAGGAUAAUCUCCAGCACGAUUAGGAUAAUAACGAUAAUCUCCAGGCUCUCACUAUGCCUGCUCGUCACCUGAUCCUUGAGCAACUGCAGCAUAUCUUGC